AUGAGGAAAGCUAGUGACACUCUUGAUAGAGUGUGUAUGACAUACAUAUCAGCAAAGAGAGAAUACAUAAGAGCACAAGGGAUUGAUGAUCAUGAUCAUUCCAACAAUAAAGAAGGUGAGGAUCUUUUGACAUCCCACAUAAAGCUAGAUACGACCAAGUACGAGCUCUUAAACCCAAGUGAUGAUAAGUUCCUCAGAGACAUGAUAGUGGCUUUCAUGGCAGCAGGGAGAGAUACAUCUGCCUCUUCACUCACUUGGUUCUUCUGGCUUCUUUCUAUAAACCCUAACGUGGUAACCAAGAUUCGCCAAGAGAUCAACACAAAUCUACCAAGAACCGGAAGUAACCAAGACAUGUCGUCCUUCUUGAACAAGCUGGUGUAUUUACAUGCCGCGUUGAAUGAAACAAUUAGGCUCUACCCGCCAAUUCCAAUCGUGCUGAGGUCGUCACUUAAACAAGAUGUUCUUCCAAGUGGGCAUGAAGUCAAAUCAAAUACAAAAAAUUUGAUCCAUGUUUACGCAAUGGGGAGGAUGAAAGCCGUUUGGGGAGACGACGCGUUGGAGUUCAAGCCGGAAAGAUGGGUUUCAGAGACGGGAGGCUUGAGACAUGAGCCUUCUUACAAGUUCUCUUCUUUCAUGGCUGGCCCUAGAAUUUGUCGAGGUAAGCAUUUAGCUAUGGUUCAGAUGAAAACUGUGGUUGUUGAGAUAUUACAAAACUAUGACAUUAAAGUUGUCGAAGGACAGAAGAUUGAGCCACAACAAGGUCCUGUUCUUCACAUGAAGCAUGGGCUUAACAUCACACUUGCCAAGAGAUCUUCAGCUUCAAAUGAAGAUGUUCAAGUUCUUCCAAAAUUCUAA